CUCCUGCAAGAAUCUGUCUUCCCAAUCAUAUAUCUUUUAUCCUUUUUUUUAUUCUCUUCUCUCUCUAUCUCUAUUUUUUUUUUUUUUUUCAACUCUUAAAUGUUACCUCCUGUCAUAAUAUUCUAAUUCCAUGUUCCCAAUUGCUUGUCUUGCUUAUCUUCUUUAUCUAUUUUCAACCUGAAUAUUUUUUUUUUUAAAUUUUUUUCUUGAGGUGGGUUUGUUGAAGCUAUACUCUUUUAAAGUUUGGUUUUUCACCUUUCCAUUUCUUUUCUUUUGCAGCUUUUUUCUUGAGUUUCUGUUGUUCGUCUUUCAAACCCAAAUUGUGAUUUUGCCAAGUUUAUACUUACUUGGUUUACUUGUAAUUGUUUUUUUUUUUUUUCCUUUUUUUUUUGGGGACCAAAUUUUCACAUGAUUCAGCUAGAAGAUUUCUUUUCUGUGAGAUAUUUUGAUCUGGGAUUUCUGUAACUGUCAUUUAUUUUAGAUAGUUACCCAACUUUGCUACCUUUAUUGGUUGAAUUUUUCCAAAAGUACUUACUUUUUUUUUUUUUCCUUUUUUUUUUUGAGAAAGGUUGAUUUUAGGGAAAUUUGUAAUAAUGUGUUUUCCUCUACCAGGCAUUUAAUUAAAUAUUUGCUCUUUGGGUAGCCUAGUUUUUGGUUUGUGAAUUCGGGUUAUAUAAGGAAAUGGGAAAUUUUGUUUUGUAUUUUUGAGUGGAAGCGGUGGUGAAAGAGGAGUAUGAGAGGAGGAAAAGAUGAGGAAAAGGUGACAAGUCCGAUGUUUCCAAGGCUUCAUGUGAAUGAUACAGAGAAAGGAGGACCAAAAGCACCUCCAAGGAACAAAAUGGCUCUCUAUGAGCAGCUCAGUAUCCCUUCUCAAAGGCUUGCCUCUGGAUCAGCAUCCAUGUUGUCUAUGCCGCAGAAUAAUGGCAACAGCUUGGUACCUUCAACACCCUCCAGCCAUGUUGCUGCCCAUCAGAGUAUGUUUACCCCGUUUUGCAAUACUCCUGUGCCUUCUUAUAUGGCCGAGAAGCUUCAUUCUAAUUCUUCCAGUGGAAUAAAGCCGAACACAAACACUGUGGUUUCAGAUCAUGAAAGAAAAUCUAUGAAACCAACAAAUCAUCAUAAUUUGAAUGGUGCAGUGCCAUUGUCAUCAACUGCCAAAUGUGAUUCUUCUCGAACAUAUAAUAUCUCUAAAUUUAAGAAUUUUUCUUUCAAGAAGUUUAGAAAUGAGGAUGAUUUUGUGGUUCCUAGCUCUGCUUCAGGAAUUCGUAGUAUCGGUCGACAAAAUAAAGAGAGGGAAACACUACCUCAAUUGAGCUUAAACUCAAUGGUGCAACCUAAAAGUUCAUGUGAAAAGCAAAUGAGGGGAGCCACAAAUCUGAAGUCAAGACACUCUGUAAGGAACCAAAGUGAAGAUAAUCCAAAAAUGUACGAGACUAGUCAAAAUCCUGCAGACCUUGUUCCAUUUGCUACAGAUAAGAAUUUUGUGGAUGCAUCGUCAUGCCCAUCAACUGCAGACAAGAACAGUAAAACAUCAAAGCAAGCACAUGCGUCAUUGAAUCAGGAACAUAAAAGGAGUCCAACAGAUAACUUGAACGAGGAGUGUUUAGGUGCUUGUGAUAAGAUGUCCCUUGGAAGUGAUAUCCAGGGGGAAUCCACAAGAGGUAUGGCUAGGGAAAUUACUUCAAAUGUGCGAAUGAGAAGCGAAUCAUGUUCAGGACCAUUGCUUGUUGAUGAGCGCCCUGGAGAGAAGAAUUGCAGGACUCCAAAAGUGGGAAAUGUAGACAGACAUGAUGAUGUAUCAGAGACUUCUAUGGUCGACACUGUAUUGCAUCCGCACGUCGCUCCCGAUGAUGUUGUGGGAGUGAUAGGUGAAAAACAUUUUUUGAAAGCAAGAACAGCUAUUGUCAAUCAACAAAGAAUCUUUGCGGUGCAAGUUUUUGAGUUGCAUAGACUAACAAAGGUUCAGAGGUUGAUUGCAGGAUCACCACAUUUAUUGAAUGAAGACAACCUUUAUUUGCAAAAGUCUGCAUUAGAAACAUCUCCAGUGAAGAAGUUGCAAUUGCAGUAUGUUCUUGAGCCACCGAACCCAAUUGCUAAAUCAAAAGAUGAUCCUCAGCAGCCAAAUCCUGGCACUGAAUGUGCCGAUGAGAAUGUAGUUAGGAAGUUGCCUCUCCCAUCUGUCAACAAUGACACAAGUAGAGAACUUGUCGCCGAGCAAUCAAAUUAUGCACAGUAUUCAAGAAACCCACCACCAACUCCUCCAACUAACAAUAACAAACAUGCUCAAUGGUGUAUACACCCUCCACCUGGAAAUCAAUGGUUGGUUCCCGUUAUGUCUCCUUCUGAAGGACUUGUUUACAAGCCCUACACAGGAAUGUGCCCUCAAACUGCAGGUUUCAUGGCACCAAUAUAUGGCAGUUGUGGCCCUAUGAGCCUAAAUCCUGGAAGUGGGCAGUUCUUAAAUGCAGCUUAUGGUUUCCCAGCUUCUAAUCAUCAAGGAAUUGGAAUUGUUCCCGGAACACAUCCUUUAGGUCAGACAUAUUUUCCACCUUAUGGUUUGCCAGUAACGAACCCCUAUGUAUCUGGUUCGGCUGUUGAGCAGAUGAGCCCGUUUGGUGGAGUUCGCUCAAAUGAGCAGGAAAAUCAGUUAUCAACUGGGGAGAUUAACUUCAGAAUACUAAAUCAGAGCUCACGUAACAUGCCAAGCCAGAUGAGUCACGUAAUGUCACAUGAUGUUGAGAAACUUCAAGCUCCAACACGGAGUGAGUUUCAUGGAAGUACAGCUAGUAGUCCAUCUGAGAGGACCAAAGUAGACGAACUCCCCCUUUUUCCUAUGGUACCGACGGCUCAGGAGCUAGAUCAAAAUACACAAAAUAGCGAGCAUCAGAUACGUGUGAUCAAGGUUGUUCCUCACAAUCCUAGAUCAGCAACUGAAUCAGCAGCCCGGAUAUUUCAGUCAAUACAAGAAGAAAGGAAACAUCUGUGAUGAGUUUCUUGUUAAAAUUAUGGCAAGCGAGAAAUGGAAAUAUAUAUACUUAUACUCCUUCAAAAUGUUUGAUAAUUUUGUAACUUUAAUCAUAUGUUUAUUUUUAUAAUCAUAUCAAUAAGAUGUAAAUAUAUAUGUUUAAUCGAAAACUGAAUUAUCCUCA